AGGAAGGCCGCCGAGGGCCGGGGAGGAGCCGCUGCCCGCCCGCAGCAUCCCCAGGAGGGCUCUUGGCGGGCGGAGGGCGCGCUCCGGGCCCAGCCCCCCGAGGAGCGGGCUCGUGGGAUCAUGGCCUUGCGAGACAGAGAAAGCGUCAGCGGCCGCUGCGUCAGUGACAAGCAAGAACAGAACUCCACUCGUGUUAUUACAAUUGUCUUCCUGGCACUCUUCAUCGACUUGUUGGGAUUUGCUCUCAUCUUGCCACUGUUUCCUUCCAUCCUUGAUUAUUACAGCCAGACUGAGGAUGGAUUCUACUUGUCAUUGCAACGUGGUGUUGACUGGUUUGCAGCGAUGGUUGGGAUGCCUCCAGAGCGAAAAUAUAACAGUGUCCUGUUUGGAGGUCUGAUUGGCUCUGUCUUUUCCAUCCUACAGUUUUUCUCCUCUCCCCUCACUGGUGCUGUGUCAGACCACUUGGGCAGAAGGCCUGUCAUCCUGAUGACAGUGGUGGGUUUGAUAGCAUCAUACGCACUGUGGGCUGCCUCUAGGACUUUUGGAGUUUUCCUUCUCUCCAGGAUCAUUGGUGGAAUAAGCAAAGGGAAUGUCAGCCUCUCCACAGCUAUAAUUGCUGACUUGCACUCUCCAAAAGCACGGAGCAAGGGCAUGGCAAUGAUUGGUGUUGCUUUCUCCCUUGGUUUUACCCUGGGUCCCAUGAUUGGAGCUUACCUGGCCAUGGAGACAAAGAAAGGAGAAGUGUUCUACCUCCAUUCAGCAUUGUUGGCACUCAUGUUUGCUGUGGCUGAUCUCAUUUUCAUCUUCUUCCUACUUCCCGAGACGCUGCCCAAAGAAAAACGGGUCUCUUCUGUGACAUCUGGAUUUCAGGCAGCACUGGACUUGCUCAGUCCUUUGGCUUUAUUUCAGUUCUCUGCCGUCACCCGAAGGAAGGAAUCCCCUUCACAGGACAAUCUCCAGAAUCUCAAAACCUUGGGCCUGGUUUAUUUCCUGUACCUCUUCCUGUUCUCAGGCUUGGAGUACACGCUGAGUUUUCUCACUCACCAGAGAUUCCAGUUCAGCAGCAUGCAGCAGGGCAAGAUGUUUUUCUUUAUUGGAAUAACCAUGGCUGUGAUCCAGGGAGGCUACGCUCGCCGAAUCAAGCCAGGAAAUGAAAUCAGAGCUGUAAAAAGGGCCGUGCUGCUGCUGGUCCCAGCUUUCCUGACGAUUGGAUGGGCUCCCAGUGUGCCGCUGCUGGGGGCCGGGCUGCUGGUCUACUCCUUCGCUGCAGCCAUUGUCAUCCCGUGUUUGUCAGCAGUGGUGUCAGGCUAUGGCGCUGCCAGCCAGAAGGGGCGUGUGAUGGGGAUCCUGAGGAGCCUGGGGGCCCUGGCCCGAGCCCUGGGGCCUGUCCUGGCCGCUACAGUGUACUGGCUGGCAGGGGCAGAGGUUUGCUUCACGCUCUGUGGAGUUUGCUUCCUCCUCCCCUUCCUUUUACUUGGGUCUGUAAAACAGCGGACAAAGGAGGAGUAGAAACAAGCACAGAAGUAGCAGCAGUUCCCUUCCACAUGACCCAACUCUGCUGCUGGAAGAGGAAGAUUUUGGUCGGGCAGGGAGAGGUCAUGCCUGUUUGCAGUAACAAGAGCUGUCAGGUUGCUUACAGCCCACCCCAGCAGCUGUGUUUACGAUUCCCCUCCAGCCAACUUGGCUCUUUUAACAAAUAGGAAAACAACACAACCCAAAGCCCCUGAGUAAAGGGUUAAGAGCAUGUGAGGAGCAGAGAGUGGGGUGACAGCCAGGGCUCAGCACAGUGCCACUGCCCCAGCAGAUGCUGCUGACACCACGGCACACACACAGCUCCUCUCUGGUCUGCUCCCUUCCGCAGCAGCAUGAGCCCACCUCCAGGAACAGCCACAGGGCUCAGGGAAGGAAGGCCCUGGGCCAGCACAGAACAAAGCCAGAGCUCCUCUACACCUUUCACCCAACCCCACCAAAGCUGUUACUGACUGCCUUAAACCCCCCUGUCAAACCAAAGAGAGAUGCCUACAGGCCCAAAGCCCCAGGGAAACUGGUUUAAAUACACAAAAGUUGAGACAUUGUGUAUUUCUGACACUCUGUGAUGUUUUGCUGCCCAAGCAGGGUGAGGCCAAAGCUGAGGCAGACAGUUUCCCCCAUGGGCUCAGGGGAAGGCUGCCCUCAGCCACAGCAGGACCAUUGUCUGAGCAGAAAUUAGAGCCAGCAGUCAUCAUUAAAAGAAAAUGAAAUGACUUCAACAGGCCACAGCUGUAGAAUAAAGCUACAGGUUUUGAAAGCAGAGCAGGACAAAACUUUUGUGUUGUAUUUUUUUUUAAAGUGUUUUAUUUAUGAGUAGAACUUAAUGAUACAAGAAAGAAAGAAAAACACGGGGCUGGAGUGCAGCCCGAGGUGUGUAACCAUACUGAACGUGACUACAUUUCAUAGCGUAAUACAAAGAAUUAAAAGGACAGACUACAAAAUAAGAAAUUAAGGGUCAUUGCAUAUGUGCUCAGGGGAAAUAGAGGGGCUCCAUUGAACAACUGAAAUGGACAGCAAUUAGUCAGCUAAUUACGGCCCUGCGAUAAACAACGAUUUAGCCAAGGGAGGGUUGUACAGAGGACACCCACGGGAACGCACAAGCUGAGGCCGGGGUGUCCCGCCUCUGCCCCGGCCCCUCCGACCCUCGCUGCCCGCCUGGCGCCUUCCCACCGCGCUCGGCCCCGGCCUGCUGGCCCCCGGCCCGGCUCAGCCCCUCGCUCACAUCCGCGCUGCCCUUCGCUCCACACACGUCCCGGCCAUCGGCGCCUCCCCGCACGGGGCUCGGUGCUGUGGCACUGCCAGACACGCCACAAGCAGGGCCCGGCCCCGCCGCUCCCGGCCCGUUCCCGCAGGCUCUGCACACCUGAUGUUACGCUACAGUUAGUGACAGACGGAAGCACGGCAAGAACUGGAAUCGAGUGAGCGGGGCGGGGAAAGGGAUCCUUACCACGCUACACACAUUGCUAGCCGACUGAGUACACCGUGAAGGUUAGUGGGGAGUUCUGGGCUUUGCUGCUGGCAACAACAAAACACAUUAGAGCAGUGUCAGCUUUUGUAAGUGAAAACGCUUAAUAUAAAAAAGGUUAAUUGCUCAGCAUAAUGCAUUUACAUUUUUCUCCUGGGGAGGGACAGCACAGGCAGCCAGGGAGGGGGCUUACGCAGAAGGUGGGCACAUGCACCCACGGGGCCUUCCAGGAGGGGGAAAACCUCUGCACUAAGGCCUGAAAUACAACUGCCUGCCAGAAAACUCCUCACAUUUUUAGUACAGACAUUUUUUAGCCUUUUUUAACAGUCAAAUUACCUACAACUGAUUCUUCAAGAGGCAAGAGUGAAAGACAGAUUGCCCUUAGCCCAUGUUCACUAGAAAUAAAAACAAGAGAGAUGGGGCUCUUCCAACGCACACCAUGAGCAGAACACACCAGUGAUUUCAGCCCGACACAAAGAUGAUUUCACAAGCCAGUUAUAAAAUAAAACCAAAGUGAAAAACACCGUCAUUCUGCAAAAGGAGUCAGAGGGGAGAGAGAAGAGAGGGGACAGCCUGGAAGCGUGACUACAAUGGGGUCUGUGACCACAAGCUCGCAGAAGGUUACGUGUCAGUUCAAGAACCCUCCCCUUUGCCAACACCACGGCAAAAGCCUCCGCUCUGAAAGUCGAGAUUUAAGAUGAAACUUACUUGUGACUUGGACCAGAGUAUUGGAAAAGAACACUUC